GCUCACUCGAUCUAUGAACAUCAAGAAACAUAAAACUAGAAUCUGCGUGAUCUUCUUCCAGUGAUAACUUUUUGGCACGCUUUAUCAUCUCUAUACACUUUGAGUAGAUGGCUUCCACACUCUCAUUCACGUCGUCUCUCCGUUCACCUCUCGCUUUUCCUCCAUCAUCCAAACCUACUUCAUCUUUCUCUGUCUCGUUUCCACGGAAGAUCCCUUGUAAGAUCAGAGCUCAAGACCAGAGAUCAGACUCCCUUGAUGUUGUUCACCAAGGACAAAAAGGGAACCAAGGGUCCAGUGUUGAGAAAAAACCUCAACGCUUAGCCAUGGACGUUUCUCCUUUCGGGUUGUUGGAUCCGCUCUCGCCUAUGAGGACAAUGCGUCAAAUGCUGGAUACGAUGGACAGGAUGUUCGACGACGCUGCUAUGAUCGUCCCGGGAAGAAACAGGGGAGGAGGAAGUGGAGUUUCCGAGAUCCGUGCGCCUUGGGACAUGAAAGAAGAAGAGCACGAGAUCAAGAUGCGUUUCGACAUGCCUGGUCUAUCUAAAGAAGACGUCAAAGUCUCUGUCGAAGACAACGUUCUUGUGAUCAAAGGAGAACAGAAGAAGGAAGACGAGAAUGAUUCGUGGUCCGGAAGAAGCUUUAGCUCUUACGGUACACGGCUUCAGCUCCCUGAUAACUGCGAAAAGGACAAGAUCAAAGCUGAGCUAAAGAAUGGAGUCCUGUUUAUCACCAUUCCUAAAACCAAAGUGGAACGCAAAGUCGUUGAUGUCCAGAUUCAGUGAGAAUCGAGUAACGGUUUCCUCUGUUUUCUUGUUCUGGAGCUGUUUGUUGUACAUAUUAAGCCUACGUUUCGCUACCGAUGUAACAAAAAACAGGAGAUCUUGUGUGUGAAGAAACAGUUAAAUUGGAAAAAAGGUUUUACUGAGGUUCUGUGAAAA